CCCGCCUCCAAGCCUCCGCCUCACUGUGUUCUAUUUCUUGUAUAAACAUAUGAUUGGACCACCACAUCUUCUACCUCAUGCAAAGGAUCGCAGGACAACUUCCAAUAGUUCUGAUGCUUCAUUUUCCUACCGACACUAACAAAUUUGGAUUGGGUAUCGAUUUCACAGUAUCACCCAGUUUCAUCUCAUCUCUGAUACAUAUUGUUUGAAGAUUAGUUCCCAAAUCAGAUGUCAAGACUGAAGAACCCUAACCUGAUUCUCACCACCACCAUCAUUGAUCAUGUACCGAUUUUUCGCCUUCCCUCUUUCUCGAUUCCAACUUGCUCAGGACUCAUGUACACACAUACUCGCCCAUAUUCUCUUUUUCAGAACGAAUACACCUUUCAUUUUCAUUGCAUGAGACAGAUAAUCCAAAAUGGGAAUUCCAUCGACUCCUUCACUAAAGAAGUCGAAGGAAGCAACGAUCUUGAUGCUCUUAAGGAACUUCAAUUGAAAGAUAGCGAUGUAUCAAGUCAACCCAAAUGUAAAAACACCACUGAUGACAAUUUAGGCCUUAAAAUUGAUACAAAAAAGAAAAUAGAAGUAAAGAAAACUUCGGUAUCUUUCAACCGGUAA